UGUUGAUCAUCUCUACCAAAAACAAAAAGAUAGCAACGGAAAACUCACAAACAGAACCAACAAUGGAGAAUAUAGAGCACAAAAAUUUGACUGUAAACGGCAUAAAUAUGCAUAUAGCUGAAAUUGGUGAAGGUCCAUCAACAAUAUUAUUCCUCCAUGGUUUCCCUGAACUCUGGUAUACAUGGCGUCACCAACUGAUUUCACUUUCAUCUAAGGGUUACCGUGCAAUAGCUCCAGAUCUACGUGGUUAUGGUGAUACAGAUUCUCCUCCUUCUCCUUCUAGCUAUACCGUUUUUCAUAUUGUUGGUGACCUUAUUGCCCUUCUCGAUGCCCUGGGUCUCGAUAAGGUGUUCCUUGUUGGACAUGAUUGGGGUGCUGUUAUAGCUUGGCACGUAUGCCUUUUGCGACCUGAUAGGAUCAAAGCACUGGUUAAUAUGAGCGUUGUCUUCCACCCCAGGAACCCCAAGAGAAAGCCUAUUGAAUCUAUGCGUGCUGUCCUUGGGGAUGAUUACUAUAUUUGCAGAUUUCAGGAAUGUGGAGAGGUAGAAGAGGAGUUUGCCCGUGUUGAUACCACAAGACUAAUCGCAAAAUUUUUAACAUCACGCAGUCCAGCUCCUCUUCGUGUACCUAAAGAGAAAGGAUUUGGGGGUUCACCUCAUACUCCCAUUACAUUGCCGUCUUGGUUGUCAGAAGAGGAUCUCAACUACUAUGCCAACAAGUUCAGACAGACAGGUUUUACUGGUGGAUUAAACUACUAUCGAGCUAUGGACCUAAACUGGGAGCUGACGGCGCCAUGGACCGGUGUACAAAUAAAGGUCCCUGUUAAGUUCAUCGUAGGGGAUGUCGACCUAACUUACAAUACACCUGGUGUUAAGGAAUAUAUCCACAAAGGUGGGUUCCAAAAAAUGGUGCCAUUCUUGCAAGAAGUAGUUAUCAUGGAAGGAGUUGCACACUUCAUCAACCAAGAAAGGCCAGAAGAAAUUAAUGACCACAUAUAUGACUUUUUCCAAAAGUUCUAAGGUGUGUCUAUUUUUAUCAUGGGUUGCUUU